GUUACGACUACCUCUUGGCACUCGCAAAUAUUGCGAUAUUCGUAAAUAUGGCGGAAUUUGUUGCGUUGUUUGAUGUAAACGAGCAAAACAGACGCAGACAAAGGGUUUUCCGUGAACGUGUGAAUAUUUUGGAUGAAUUAAGAGACGAAGAAAUCAUCGCACGAUACAGACUGAGCAGAGAAGCGAUUACGUACCUGAAUGAAACAUUGAGGGUAGAUUUAGAACCGAAGACAAAAAGAUCAAACUCACUCUCAUCUCUUACUCAGGUUCUAAUCGGGCUUCGGUUCUUGAGCAAGGGUGAUUUUUUUUCUGAGGUUGCAGAUAUUCAUGGUGUCAGUAAGCCUACAGCAGCUCGAUGCUUCCAUGUUUUCAUUGAUAGCCUGAAUCGUCGUCUACAUAAUAUCAGAUUCCCGACUGAAAAUGGCGCUAUGGCACUCUCAAAACAAGACUUCUACAGGCGGUGUAGGAUUCCAAACGUUCUCGGUGCUGUUGAUGGGACUUUGGUUCCAAUUCUAGGCCCUUCCGAAAAUGAAGAGGCAUAUAUUUGUAGAAAGGGGUUUCACGCCAUCAAUGUGCAAGCUGUUUGUGAUUCUCGAAUGAAUUUCAUAGAUGUAGUUGCAAAGUGGCCAGGUUCGCAGCAUGAUGCUUCCAUUUUCAACACCUGUGGUCUAAAGGAACACCUGGAAAGAACACAUGCAGGAAUUUUGCUUGGGGAUAGCGGAUAUGGCCUGAGAAGAUAUCUUCUAACACCUAAACAAAAUCCCAUGACAGAGUCUGAAAGGCGUUACAAUAAUUACCAUGCCAGGGGAAGAGUGGUUAUUGAAAGAGCGUUUGGUGUGCUGAAAUCUAGAUUUCGAUGCCUACACAAAUCUGGUGGUGUACUUCCAUUCAACCCUACAAAAAGUGCUCAUGUUGUUGUGGCCUGUAUGAAGCUGCAUAAUCUGUGCAUAACGUUCAACGUGAAGGAACCACAAGAUGCAGUCCAUGUGAAUGAGCUGGCAAAUGAGGAUGUCUUAAAUGAGCAUGAUAACAAUGCGCAUUCAUUUAGACAGGCAAUCAUUAACAUGUUUUGAAUGACUGGUUAUAAGCACGUU